GAAUAGCUUGAUGAUGCAUCCUCGUGUUGUGAAUGUGAUGGUUAAUUUGCAACUUUAAUCAAACUUGGCCUGAUAACGUUGGUUUCAGCUGCUGCAGGUUUGAAUCACACAUUCCACAGAUAUACUACUUUGCCACUCAAACAUGUCUUCGCAUGAAGAUGGGCCUGUAGAUCAGGAUCCUGUUGCAGCAGAACUACCCCCGUCAUCAUCCAUCGAGAACAAUGCCACCACUGAGCCAGUCAUCACUGUCACCAUUGGAGCAACAGUGCCCACAGGGUUCGAACCCACUGCUGUUGAGGAGGUCAUGGAGAAAAUUGGGGUGGAUGCACGAAUCAGCACAGAACGUGGUCGGAUAUACUUUGCAAUAAGUACAGACAAACUUUCCCAGGUCCAUCUGUUAAAGUCCGUGGACAACCUGUUUGUUGUUGUUGAUGAAUAUCAUAAUUACCCGUUCAAAGAAUCAAAGGAGGAGACCUUGAUGGAGCUGCAACAACUUGCCUCCAAACUCCCGUGGACAAAUGCCUUGGAGGUAUGGAAACUAAAUUGCAUGCUAAAGAAGAAGAAAAGGCCUCGAAAAGGAGGAAAAGUGAAAAAUGUAAAACCAAAUGGUGAGGGCACCAGCGUAACGGAGGACGAUGUCGAGCAGCAGGAAUCUUCUCAGGCAUCAUCUUCUGAAGACCAAACAAAGGAGGAAGAUGCACCUGAUAUAGAAACCAGUGCACAGAACAAUGAGAACACACCAUCCGAAACCAAACCCAUCAAGUUCAGAGUGACGUGCAGCAGGGCUGGAGACAAACACAACUUUUCCUCCAGUGAAGCAGCCAGAGACUUUGGAGGGGCAGUACAGCAGUUCUUCCAGUGGAAAGCAGAUAUGACCAAGUUUGACGUAGAGGUCUUACUGAACAUACACAAUGAAGAGGUGGUGAUUGGAAUUGCUCUCACUGAAGAGAGUCUUCACAGGAGAAACAUCACUCACUUUGGGCCCACUACACUGCGCUCUACUCUUUGCUAUGGCAUGCUCAGGCUUUGUCAACCUCAGGAAUCGGAUAUAAUAUUUGAUCCAAUGUGUGGAACAGGAGCUAUACCACUGGAGGGCGCUUUGGAAUUCCGCAAUUCUUUCUUCAUUGCUGGUGACAACAAUGACGUGGCCAUUAACCGCACAGUCAGUAACAUUUGUCACAUCCAAAAGCGGAUGGCAGACAAAGGCGGUGUUUAUGGAUUGCCGAUUGACACAGUGCGAUGGGAUCUGUGCCACUUACCAAUAAGGACCAGCUCUGUUGACGUCAUCAUUAGUGACAUGCCGUUUGGAAAGAGAAUGGGCUCGAAGAAGAAGAACUGGAACCUUUACCCAUCCUGUCUGAGAGAAAUGGCUCGUGUCUCCAGGCCCGGUUCAGGAAGGGCUGUCCUGUUGACUCAGGACAAGAAAUGCUUUGCCAUGGUUUUGUCCCGGAUGGGAGGACUGUGGAGGAGGACGCGCACUGUUUGGGUCAAUGUUGGAGGUUUACAUGCCGGAGUUUAUCUCCUCAAGCGGACUGCUGAAAUGUUUGUCAAAAUUCCUGAAAAUGUCCAUGAAUCACGACAUACUGUGAAUAAGGACCUGGAUGAGAAGCAUGAUGCAGAUGGCUGUUAAUCCACAUCCUGUUUAAAAGUGCUUUUUUUGUCCUGCCUCCAGAUCAGACUAUUCUUGUUAGACUUUUUGAUUUUCUGAAAGGUUUUUGUUUUAAAGUGCACUGACCAUGUGUUUUUAUUGGCUAAUCUUAAUGUGACGGCUGGAUACCUGCAACAGAAAAGUUUUUAUUAUGUUGAGCAGCAGUUGAAAACUUGUCACCUCCUUUGUUUGAGCUGCGCUGUACAUUUGUCUUUUUUGCCGUUCAGGAACCUGCUGCAUGUUGGGAACCAUUCAUUGUCAUAUGUCAUGAUUAAUAAAGAUGUACUGCUAAGAAAUUUUAGAAAUGUUAAUAAAUUCCAGUUGCUGGGCGUU